AUGCAGCCGGCCAUGAUGAUGUUCUCCAGUAAGUACUGGUCCCGGAGGGGCAUGUCGCUGGACUCGGCCAUGUUCCAGCAGCAGAGACACACCGGGGGGCAGAUGUCGAGGCGUCCGUCCUUCUGUCCCAUCAGCGAGACGCCGGACACAGAGAGCGCCGGGGAUUCUGGGAAAACAGCGGUAGUGUUUUCUCUGAAGAAUGAAGUGGGCUGUCUGGUCAAAGCUCUGAGAAUCUUCCAGGAGCAGCGAGUGAACCUGUCCCACAUCGAGUCCCGUGCGUCCCGGCGUGUCCUGAGUGAGGUGGAGAUCUUGGCCGUGUGCAACUGCAGCCAGAGAGAGUUCAGCGAGCUGCUGACGCUGCUCCGAGACGCCGUUAACAUCGUCUCCGUCAACACGCCGCCCAACGCCUGGGCCAGUGCCGAUGAAGAGGGAGAUGAUGUUCCCUGGUUCCCGAUGAAGAUCUCUGAGUUGGAUCAGUGUUCUCACCGAGUGUUGAUGUACGGAUCCGAGCUGGACGCUGACCAUCCGGGCUUUAAAGAUGAAGUUUACCGUCAGAGGAGGAAAUACUUUGUGGAAGUGGCCAUGAAUUAUAAAUUCGGGCAGCCCAUCCCUCAUAUAGAGUACACUGCGGAGGAGGUCCAGACCUGGGGCGUGGUGUUCCGGGAGCUGACCCAGCUGUACCCGACCCAUGCCUGCAGAGAGUACCUGAAGAACCUGCCACUGCUCAGCAAGCACUGCGGUUACCGUGACGACAACAUCCCACAGCUGGAGGACGUCUCGCUGUUUCUCAAAGAGCGGUCUGGCUUCUCGGUGCGACCAGUCGCAGGUUAUCUUUCUCCCAGAGACUUCCUGGCCGGUUUGGCUUACAGAGUCUUUAACUGCACUCAGUACGUUCGCCACAGCACCGACCCACUAUACACACCGGAGCCGGACACGUGCCAUGAGUUGCUGGGUCACGUUCCUCUGCUGGCCGAUCCCAAGUUUGCUCAGUUCUCUCAGGAGAUCGGCCUGGCGUCUCUGGGCGCGUCGGACGAAGACGUGCAGAAACUGGCCACAUGUUAUUUCUUUACCAUCGAGUUCGGACUCUGCAAACAGGACGGUCAGCUGAGAGCGUACGGAGCUGGUUUACUGUCGUCUAUCGGAGAGCUGAGGCAUGCCCUGUCGGAGGCAGCGUGCGUGCGGCUGUUUGACCCGAAGACGACCUGUAACCAGGAGUGUCUGAUCACCACCUUCCAGGACGUUUACUUCGUCUCCGAGAGCUUCGAGGAGGCCAAGGAGAAGAUGAGGGAAUUUGCCAAGACGAUAAAGCGUCCGUUCUCGGUGUACUACAACCCGUACACGCAGAGCAUCGACCUGCUGAAAGACACCGGCAGCAUCGAGAACGUGGUGCAGGAUCUCCGCAGCGAUCUGACCACCGUCUGCGACGCGCUGGGCAAGAUGAACACCUACAUGGGCAUCUGACACGCCGCGCUCUGAUUGGUUCACAGCCUCACACCUGUGACAGAAACACAGGAACAAGAUUUACUACAUGAACAUGAAGCUAUCGCUGUCUGAGCCCGCUGUUAUUAAAGCGUAA